CCCAAUUUCUCGUCCGUGAGUUUCGACCUUAAGCCGAGGCUGCUACUUCUCCCUCUCCGGGCACUAGCUUCUGUAACUUGUGGGUUACAGAGUGUCUUCAACCUCAAGCCAAUCUCUCUCUCUUAAACUGCAACCAGAGAGUCAUCUUUGCCCCCUGCUCGGAGAACUAGGUAAAAUUUGAGAGAGAGAGAAAUAUGGAGGCAGAGUACUAUGAGAGCGAACAAGAUGAUAGAGCAUUGAAUAUGGAGAAGAAGAAGAAGAAGAAGAAGACGAAGAAGAGAAAGAGAUUAGAUGUGAAGAUGGAAGUUAUCUCUGAACAGCCUAACAAGAUUGCUCCUUUGGUGGGUUAUUUUCCCUCUGGUUUCGACCCUCAGAAGAUUGAAGAAGAUGAAGAACCUGAGGUUUCGGUUUUCAGAAAUAAAAAAAGACCCAAUCGACUGCAACUCGUUGUUAGCCCUAAUGGUUCGAAUGUGAACUUCGUUGGUACCAAUUACACUGGUGAAGCGACUGCGGCUCAGGUCUGCACUUACGCCCUGGGAGUCCUUGAUAAGGAGACACAGUCACUAAAGAUAGUUCCUAUUGCAUCUAAUAAGAUAUUUCGAUUGGAACCGAAGGUUGGAGGGUCUGAAAUCUGUGAUGAAGAGCCUGUUGAGGGGUUGAAGGAAGAAAUCGUUGUAUCAGAAACUAAGGCAGAUAAAGUGAAAAAUCUGACUAACCUGUAUGGUACAAAGAAGGCAAAAGCUCGGGCUCUCAAAAUGGAGUCUUUGAGCCAAAAGGAAGAUCUCAGUGCUCAGGGAGACAUGGCCAGAAAAAUUGAGGAUAUUGUGAUAAACAAGGAGGAUCUGGAUAAUUCCAGUUUAUAUACUGCUCGAAAUAUCCCACCUCAUGAUUCCACUGCAACGAUACCGGAAAACGCUUAUCCACUGGACAAGAUUAUUUUCAAAGGGGAAUGGGAUUACCUUUUAGAUAUUCUGGAGCCACUGCAAUCAGGAGCAGAAAUAAGACUCAAUUCGUAUCCAAGUUUUGUCUGCCAUCGAAUUCAUAGACUACGGGAGAUCCAGGAUGAGACACAGAUGAAGACAAUUGCUUGCAUUUUGUCCUACAUGACUCAUCUCUUGAAGUUCAAAGAUCAACGAUCAGUUGACCAUGCUACUGCUGCAAAGCAACAUAAAAUCCCAGCCAUCCUGCGUCAGAAAUUCUCGAAGAUGUUUGUAGAUGAUUCAUUCAGGCUGACAGAUGAGAAGAUCAAUCUUAUUAUAAGCUAUGUCCUGGUGUUGACACUCUUUGUUGAUAAUUUCCAAACGGACCUGUCUGAUAUCGCAAAGGACUUGAGGAUGACUCCUGUUUCCUUGAGACAGCAUUAUGAGCAUUUGGGUUGCAAGCUCUCGCGUGUCAACCGAGUAUUGAUGGUUACCCUUCCUGUGCCUCUUCAAUUCCCCAAACAGAGGACACACAGGCGGAGAAAAUAGGUUCCUCAUCUUUCUCUUGGUUUGUGUGUUGGGAGUAGUUUCCGCUUUCUUAUUCAGUAUGGUUUUGUUCUCAGAAUAGUCAUCGGCGAGAAAAGACAUUGUUUAUUUCAUUUAGUUUGUAUACAUCAAGUUUGAUAGAAGGCAAGAAGAAUGGCACAUCCUUCCAUGACUUGAGGAUGAUUGAUUAAAGAGAUGGAAUUUUAUUUUCGUACA